CUCACGGGUGCUGGUUCAGUACUGGUCACAUGACCGUCCAAUCGGGCAUGGUCUGGUCGCGCGAUCGGUGGAUCCACGUCAACAACAAACUGUCCCAUCCAUGGUUCGCCUCGUUCUCUGGACUAUAUAUCAGAUGAUGAUAACGAGGUCGCAAUGAAUCGCCAAGGGCUUCCCCUUCCACUCCUUCGGGGAACCACCACAUUUGAAUCCGCCGUGGAGCAGGAGGAGGACAUGCUCCUUGAUCUAGACUAUCCCGAGCAGCGGAUAGAUUUCUUCGUGUCACUCUACAGCAAUCGCAAGGAGAUUCAGAAUCUUGCGGCUCAUCAUCUUGGCCUCCAUCCAUCAGACACCUGCCAAAUAGGAGGGGUAAAUGAGUGGGUACAUGGCAGCUUCAAUGUCUGCAUUCCUCUUUAUAUCAACAAACACAAUGACCCCCCGGCAAAGCGGGCCCUCAUCAGGUUCCCCUUACCAUAUAAGGUAGGGGAAGCCACAUACCCAGGCAACGCGGAUGAAAAAGUCCGCUGUGAAGCUGCGACUUUCAUUUGGAUGCAGGAUAAUUGUACGGACAUUUCGAUACCGCAGUUAUGGGGAUUUGGACUUGCUGGUGGUCACAGUUUUACAAGGCCUGAGAAUACCCCAUUGAUAGUCAGGAUCCCCUGGUACAUCAAGCGAUCUGUCUCAUGGCUCUUUGGUUGGACCCUUCCCUGUCCCUAUGUCUGUCAUCGCCGUUCAACUAUCCUGGAAAACGGAUAUUUGGUCAUGGACUACGUUGGCAGUCCAGAGGUACAAAUGCUAUCUGAGACAUGGGAUGAAGACCGUAACGAUCAAGGCAAAAGAGCCAAUCUUUUCAGGGGCCUAUCUCAAAUUAUGCUUUCUUUGAGUCGGACACCACUACCGUGUAUCGGAUCUUGGACACUAGACUCCGAUGGAGUACUGCGGCUUUCUAACCGUCCCCUCACUCUCCGGCUCCAUCAGCUAGAAAAUGGGGGAGUACCAACCAACAUCAGUCGAGGGAUGACUUAUUCAACCGCGGUAUCAUACUAUCUUGAUCUGCUAUCGUGCCAUGAUAAUCGCUUACGAUAUCAGCCGAACUCCUUAAAUGAUGAGGAAGAUGGCCGAGCCCAGAUGGCAAGAUUGGCUAUUAUGCGAGCAUUACUGCCACAGUUCACUGACAGACAACUUUGCCAAGGACCUUACUUGUACCAAUUUACAGAUAUGCAUCCAAGUAAUAUUUUUGUUGAUAGCCAGUGGCAUGUCAAAUGCGUGGUUGAUCUCGAGUGGGCGUGUUCUCUACCAGCAGAAACUUUGCAUCUUCCAUAUUGGUUGACUGGUCGCCCUAUAGACGACCUAACUGGCGAGAGCCUCAACACCUUCAGCCAGGCAUAUGAUGAAUUCUUGGGUCUUUUCGAAGAAGAGGAGAAAUCAUUUCCCCUCAUUGAGAACAGUUGUUCAUAUAGAACAAACCUUAUGAGGAAAGGUUGGCAGACUGGAAGCUUCUGGUAUUUUCUGGCUUUGAACAGUCCAAAAGGCCUCUUCAAUCUUUUUCAUCAACAUAUUCACCCCAUCUUUGAUUCAUCUCAUUCUGUUUCCUCGGAACUGCCGCGGAUUGUCUCGAAAUAUUGGGCUGUGGACAUGGAGGAGGUGAUCGAUGCUAAGCUCCGAGAUAAGGAGAAGUAUGAGAAGACACUGCGUCAGCGGUUCGCGUGUGCAAAUGAACAUACAUGAAGAUAGAACCCC